GCUGCCGGGGCGGGAAUAUCCUGCUUGUCCUGCGUGUUCGUGCGUGUGGCGUUUCACGCACGUCGAGAUGGUAAAGUUUUCAUGGGAGGAACAGUAGCUGCUCGGCUAGCAUCUGCACUUGCCUGUGUGGACCGCUCUAUUCAGCUGUCAACAUCUACAGUGAAGCACAAUGAGUUUGGCUCUCAAUGAUCUCCUGCUCUGCUGCAGAGGGCUGGAGAGUGACAAGGCAACAGAGAGGAAGAAAGAAACUGAACGCUUCAGACUGCUCCUUCAAUCUCCAGAGACUAUACAGGAACUGGAUCGCACCUCAGGACCUAAAUCUAAAGGCUCCAAGCAACUCACAUGGGAUGCUGUUUUCAGGUUUCUGCAGCGCUAUGUCCAGAAGGAGACAGAAAGCAUGCAGUCGAGCAAAUCCAACGUGACAGCGACUACGCUGGCCAUGCGGCAGAAGAAGAUGGCUGACAUUUGCAGCUUGAUCAAAUUCUUCAUUUGCUAUGCAAACAAACGUGGGCCGCGACUAAAGUGCAGCGAGCUGCUGAAACAUGUGAUGGAGAUCCUGCAGAAUUCAUACUGCUCUUCAGCCUAUGGAGAACAUUAUAGUAGCCUCCUUUUAAAGGAUAUUCUGUCUGUCCGCAAGUACUGGUGUGACAUCACUCCUCAGCAGUGGCACAGUCUUUUGGACUUGUACUGUGGCUUGUUCAGCUCCUCAUCCAAAUCCAUCAACCGUGUUUUGGUGAGCAGAGUCAUCCACACGGUGGUUAAGGGCUGCUGCAUGCAGACCAACGGAUUCAACAACGCUCUGUUCAGCUUCUUCUCCAAAGCGCUGCUUAAUGCCAGGCAAGAGAGGAACUUGACUGUUUUGGAGCACCUCGUCUCAGCUCUAAAUGUCUUCUUGAGAUCUGCAGCUAUGAAUUGUAGGAUGAGGGUGUGUGGACUGGGAGAAGAGCUUCUGCCUACAAUACUGUACGUCUGGGGUGAUAUGAGGCCCAGUAAAAUGCUCAAAAAGGAAAUUGUUGGAUUCUUCAACCUGCAGAUUUGUGUUCAUCACCCCAAAGGAGCAAAGACACAGGACACAGGUGCUCAUGCUGAAGACUGGACCAAGUGGCAGAGUCUGCUGUACAACCUGUAUGAUGCUUUGGUCAGAGAGAUCGGUCACAUAGGCAGCAGAGGGAAGUACGUCACAGGGACCCGACACAUCGCUGUCAAAGACAAUCUGAUCGAGCUCACAGCUGACGUCUGUCGCCAGCUGUUCAAUGAUGACAGUGACACCCAUGUCCUGGAGGUCACCCAGGCUUCACUUAGAGCCACGCAGAUGGGCAGCCCCACCCAUGGAGCCGCCAGCAAGCGACGGCGCAUUGAAAUCGGCUGGGAGGUCCUCCGUGAUCAUCUGCAGCCUCAGCACAGUGACUUUGAUAUCAUCCCAUGGCUGCAGAUCACCGCAGUGCUCGCCUCUAAGUAUCCAUCCAUGGUGCCCGGCAAGGAGCUGGUCCCGCUGCUGUCAGUGCUGCACCAGCUCCUGGCAGAGCAGCGCCGAGGAGAGAGGGGGCUGUAUGUGCUGCGCUGCCUGAGGGAGGUGGCCCGCUGCCAGGCCCACGACCCACACAAAGCCCAGGUCUUUAGGGCCGAGCUCUGCAGGCUCUGGGUUCGGGUCUGGGCCUUGGCAGUGCGAGGGGUCAGCUCACCCCAGACAGAGUCCCUCAGCCUGGACCUGCUGGCCUCCAUUGUCCACGGUGGAUUGAUUAAUAUGGACAGAGAGUUCUGGAAGAUUUUCUCUGGAUCUGCGUGCAAACCAUCCCAGAGUGCAGCUCUCUGUCUAGCCCAGGCCCUGCUGAAGUGUCCAGUCCCAAAAAGUCUCAUUUCAAGCUCAAGCUGGGACUAUAUGGGAGUCACAGAAGGAGCUGCAUCAGCUAAUCUGAAGGAGAUCCUCAUCGCCUGGCUGCUGAUGAGUGAUCAGAGCGAUGAGAUGGAGGAGAGCUCCAGACCUCACCCCAUCGUAUGCAGAGAUUUUCCUGACAAUCUAACAGCGAACAUAUUGGUCUCACUGACCUUGAAGGACACAAGAGUUGGCCUGAAGUUCCUGCUCGGGGCUGAAGGAGGAGAAAGUGCCUUUCAUCAAGAACAACCGCCAUCUGAUGCCAAAGACAACCUGGAGGAGGUGGAGAGACUGUACCAGCAGUUCAGCUUCGACACGCUGCCUUCAGAGGUCCAAGGAGCCGACGAGUCGCUGAAGACACCGUCAGCUGACUGUCAAUUCGCUGCUGUCCCCGGCCUCAGACAGAAGUUAGAGCAGUCACUGCUUUCUGUGGCGGAUAAUUUACUGAACUGCUAUUCUCCUGAUUCUCAGUCCACUCCUCCAGAGUGUCUGGUGCGCUGCUUCAGUCAGCUGACUGGUGUUCUAGCAGCUUAUGUCUCCACCGGGUUUCUGACUGAGGAACAGGCACACCGCUCUCAGCUUUUCACCAAAGCAAAGGCUCUCGCUCAGGACUUCAGUGGGUUCCUUUCAAGUGUGAAAGUUAAAAUGACAGAGGAGGGGGCCAUGACCACUCUGAAGUCUGUUAUGAAGCUUUGUACACAGUCGGCCAGCAGAAAAAGCAAGGAUAAUAUUUCUCCAGUCGCCUCUGGUUUGUUUAUAAUGAUUCUUCCGGCCAGCCUCCUCAGUGAACUGGCAGAAAUCUGUAAACUGGUGCUGAGCAGCAUUUCCAAGAGAGUCAAUGUUGCAGAUGAGGACGAUCACAUGGAUGACGACUUGGAAAUGACCAGAACUCAACAAGGGGACGACGUCGACCUGUUUGAUGAAGGUGAAGAGUCACACAGCAGCAGUAACGGGACCCAGAGGCAGAAGGGAGACAACAAUGACACUUCCUGUGGCCCAGGUGCAAAAAGCCUGCUAGCAGAUGAUUAUUUGGUGCAGCAGGACCAGGCUCUCCUCGCUGUUCUGGAGUUCCUGUGUGAGUGCGGCUCCGUCCAGCCCGUCCACGGGCUGCUUUUCAAACCACAGGAGGUGCGGCGCAGGCUGCUGCUGCUGGUGGAGCAGAUCGACUUCAGCAAAACCCUGCACCUCAACCUGUAUCUCGUCCUGUUGAAGAAACUUCCUGCUGAAGACUCACUUUCUCCAGAGGAAUUUGAUUCACUGCUCCGUCCUCUGGCGGACUUGUGUUCUUUGUACCGUCAGGACCAAGACGUCUGUGCUACUGUGCUGCUGAGUUUGUUGCCCUCCAUAAAGAGCCUGGGGAAAACCCAUCACAUGCCUGAGGAGAUGAGACAUGUUCAGGGAUCCCUGCUACAAGUGGUGUCCGGCUUCUGUUUCUUGAGCCAAACGGGGAAAUGUGUGGCAGCAGUGCGAGCUGCUUUAGUGCAAUGUCUCGUUGCUUUGCUGGAGGCUGACCCUCGUUGUAACUGGGCGACACUGAGUGUCAGAGGGCAGGAGAGAGAGGAAGACAGUCCAGUAUCUGCUAUUCUUCCAUCUCACCUCGCAGAUGCCCACCACCAAGUCCGCAUGCUGGUUGCCGUGUCAGUGGAGAGACUGUUUCUGGAGUUCAGACCAGACCAUUCAGAGAAGAGGAAGAUGCUGCCGCUAAAACACCAGCAGACAGCUUUUGAGAACAUUUACCUGAAGGCUCAGGAGGGCAUGAAGCUCCCAAGAAGCAGCUCUUCAGAGGAUCAGCAAGACGAGACGUUCAACCGCAAAGCCACGCUGCUGAAGAGUUUGUCUGUUGUGCUGCGUUGUAGCCCGGUGUGUGAAAAACAGUCUCUGUUUGCCCUCUUCCAGUCCUAUAAGGAGAAUAAUGUUGAAGAACAGCUCAUUAAAAAGAUGUUGUGCAGUGUGUCCGGUGCACUGGGCUACAGAAGCGUGAAAACCUUUGUCAGCUCUCACUUGUACUACUUGGUCGCUGAGUGGCUCUCACAGAGACAGUCUGAUGACCGCUACACUCUUGGAUCUUUCCCCUACAGUCUCCUCGACCACGACUCGGUCAAAGAUUUCUACAACUCUUCCUACCAGGUGCUGAUCCCCCACCUGGUCUUCCUGGAUGACUUUGACCAGGUGAAGUCUAUCGGCAGAUGUCUUGAGAAGGAUUGGAGAGAAUUGUUGGCCGACUGCUUCCCCAAGAUCAUGGUCAACAUUCUGCCGUACUUUGCGUUGCCUGGCCAGGAGUCACGGGUUGCAGAGCAGAGAGAGAAGGCCCACAGAGUGUAUGACCUGCUCAAAGAUGCCAGCUGCCUGGGCAAACAGCAAAUUGACAACCUGAUCCACAGUAACCUGGCGGACAUUGUAGUGGAGCUGCUGAUGACUCUGCAUGAAGGAAGUGGAGCGGAAAGAGACAGAGACCUGACACGUUUUAUUGGUGAACUGGAUCCUGUUCCAAAUCCACCGUACUUCAGCUCGUAUGUCAUCAAAGCUACGCUGGACUACCUCAGCAAAUGCCACAGUGCUAACCACAAGUCAUUGGUUGCCAUUCUGUCAAAAACCCCAAUUUCUAUCCAGAGGAUUUUGUUGGCGGUUUGUGAAAAAGCAGCAGAGACGACCAACAGCUACGAACGUCAUCGCAUCCUCCUCAUGUACCAUUUGUUUGUCAGCCUGCUGCUCAGAGAGGUGAAGGACGGUUUGGGAGGAGCCUGGGCCUUCGUCCUCAGAGACAUCAUUUAUACACUCAUCCACCAUUUAAACAGCAGACCACUACAGUGUGAUGAGGUUUCAAACCGAAGCCUGUCUCUGUGCUGCGACCUGUUGACCUCUGUGUGUCAGGCAGCGCUGCAGUUCUGUGAUGACGCUCUAGACUGCCACCUACAGGUCAUCAUUGGGACUCUAACUGCUCAGGUGACCAGCCGGCCUUUUAUCUCACAGCAGGUCCUCAGUCUGCUGCAUUUUCUUGUAAUAGAAAAUCAGCUGAAGUUGAAAGGAGCCAUCAGCAGGUUGGAGCCUUUUCCUGAUAUCUCCGAGUUCAGAGAGCUGCGGUCUGUGCAGCACAAACUCAAAUAUAACAGCGGUACCUUUACACUGAGACAGGAGAUAGACCACUUUUUGUCAGUAACGUCCUGCGACUCGUUACCUCUGACCAGACUUGAGGGGUUAAAGGAUCUGACCAGACAGCUGCACGACAACAAGGGACAGAUCCGAGAGCUGCUCAAAGAGUGCCAUGGUGACCCCACGGACAGUGUGCUACUGAAGCUGGUCCUCAGUCUGCUGCGGCUCUGUAAGCUAGCUGCCAACCACCCUGGAGGAGCCGACAUUCUGGAGGUAGCAGGCAGCUGUCUGGGAGAGCUGGGUCCGGUAGAUUUCUCCACCAUCGCCCUGUUCCACGGCAGAGACCCCCUCUAUGAAAAGGCCGUCUCUCUCUUCACCUCCACUGAGUCGCAGUGUCUUUACAUCAUCCUCAACUGCAUGAACGACGCACUCACUCAGCAGCGUAUCGAGGUGAGACGGGCAGCAGCUCAGUGUGUGAAGAACAUCCUCGCCACUCAGUCCGGAAUCGACUUCUGGGACCACCACAAAGACAACAGAGACCCCAUGUUGGCGUACCUCAACCCCUUCAGAACAGCCAAGAACAAGGUGGCUGCUGUGAGUGCUGAGGAGAGUACAGAGGCCAAAGGGAAGCUGGAGAACCAGGAGUUUUGGAUUCCGCAGAUGGGAGGCCACAAAGCCUGGCUGAAGGCUCUGUGUACGGCCCUGCUGGACAGCGGGGGAGUUCGGAGUGAGGCUCUGCUGCUGUCACGACCGCUGUGUCUGGUGAGGGUGGACUGCUGUCAGAGGUUGUUGCCUCUUAUCAUUCACUCCGUCCUUCUGGAGGAUUCUGACGGUUCCUGGAGGAAGUUGCUUUCCUCCCACAUUCAGGACUUCUUCACUUUUUGUUCCAGAAGUGCUCAGGCCUCCAGUCGCUCUGCCACACCUCUCAACUCUGACUCUGAGUCCGACACUGCCAGUCCAGGCUUGUAUGAUAAGACCUCCCUGCGUACAAUGCUUGCUGUUCUUGACUAUCUGAGACACCAGCAGAGACCGGUGGAAGCUGACAGUAAUUCCUGUGGAACAGUGUGCGACUCGAACUUCUGGUUGGAGCUGAACUACCUGGAAGUGGCCAAAGCUGCUCAGUCCUGCUCGGCUCACUUCACCGCUCUGCUGUACACUGAGAUCUAUGUGGACAACAUCAAAACAAACAUGGAGGAAAGUCACAGAACAAAGUCCAAAGCAACACGCAAAAUCAGUUUUGACGACAACAGCCAGAACUUUACCAUCUCCAGCCUGACUGAGAGGAGUAUGGAAGACACCAGUAUCAGUCUGCAGGAGCUGCUGAUUGAGGUUUAUCGGAGCAUCGGCGAGCCUGAUAGUCUGUACGGCUGCGGGGGGGAGACGAUGACCAGCCCACUGACAAGGAUUCGAACCUAUGAACAUGAGGCGAUGUGGGGGAAGGCCCUGAGCUCAUAUGAUCUUCACUCAACUCUGCCUGAGGUCAUUCGACAAGUCGGAAUCGUGGAGGGUCUGCAGAACCUUGGUCUGAGCAGCAUCCUCACCACCUACAUGAGGGGUCUGGAGGCUGAAGGAGUGGAGUGGGGGGCUGAGCUGCGAGAUCUUCGCUUCCAGGCGGCCUGGAGGAACACUCAGUGGGACUGUGAGCUGUCAGAGAGGAGUGAGAAAUCCAAUCCUGGCUUCCAUGAAUCAGUGUUUUGUGGCCUGCAAGCGCUGAGGGACAAAGAGUUCUCCAUAUUUGAUGAAACCCUCAAACAGGCCAGGGGUGCUGAGGUGGAAGAGCUGUGCAGAGGUAGUCUGGAGGCUGUGUCUUCUCUGUACCCAGCUCUUAGGAACCUGCAGAGCAUCAGGGAGCUGCAGAGCGUUAAGCAGCUCUUCUCCAGGCCCUUCUCAGAUGUGGCUCUGAGAGAAGUUUGCAGUCAGUGGCGGCAGCACUCCCAGCUGCUCACUGACAGCGACUUUGCUCUGGUGGAGCCCAUCCUGGCCGUCCGCUCUGUGGCCCAGCACACCUUGUUAUACAGACCCGGAGACCCUGACACCACCGAGUACAUCAGCUCUGUGCUCGCUGAACACCUCAUGGAGCUCUGCCGUCUGGCUCGCAAGGCUGGAAACACACAGCUGGCAGAGCAUGCAGUCUACCAGAUGAAACAGAAUGGCAGUGGAGGGACCUGGGUGUCAUCUCCUGUGUCUUCACUGCAACUGGAGGAGGCCCAGGUGUUUUGGGUGAAGGGAGAGCAGGGUCUGGCUCUGGGCCUGCUGAGACAGAUGAUCCACGACCUGGAAGACAAGGUGCAUUUAAAUCCUGCUUUGGCGCCGGUUUACACCGAGUGCCUCAGGCUGUGUGGUAACUGGCUGGCUGAGACCUGCCUGGAAAGUCCUGGAGUCAUACUGGAAAAUUACCUGGAGAGGGCUGUGGAGGUGAUUGAGGGGGAAUCAGGUCUUCAGGACUCCAGACUCCAGAGCCAGCGGACCAAAGCUUUCUUAUCUCUGGCUCGCUUCUCCGACGCUCAGUACCAAAGCAUCAUCAAGUACAUGAACUCCUCUGAGUUUGAGAACAAGCAAGCGCUGCUGGUGAAGGCCAAAGAGGAAGUGGACUUGAUAAAGGAGCGUAAUAUACCGCCCAACAGGUACACGAAGAAGGUGACAGAAGAGCUGGAGCUGGAUGAAAAGGCGCUGUCCAACCUACAGACAGACCGGCAGCGCUUCCUGUGUAAAGCGGUGGAGACUUACAUCCAGUGUCUGGAGCAGGGUGAGGAGCACGACACCUGGGUGUUCCGCCUGGCUUCUCUGUGGCUGGAAAACGCUGACAUUAAGGUCGUAAAUGACACGAUGAAGAAAGGGGUGAAGCUGAUCCCUUCCUACAAGUUUCUGCCUCUCAUGUAUCAGCUGGCUGCUCGCAUGGGAACCAAGAUGGCAGCUGGCGUCGCCGAGGAUACGGGAUUCCACGAUGUCCUCAUUGAUCUGAUCUUCCGAGCAUCUCUGGAGCAUCCUCACCACACCCUCUUCAUCAUCUUCGCUCUGGUGAACGCCAACAAAGAUGACAAGUUUUACAGGAGUCGUCUGUCUAAGAGCGCUCCACCGCAGCAAUCACCGUUUGACCUGGAACGUUCAGAUGUGGCUCGGAAGAUCAUCAGUGCCAUCAGGAAAAAGAAAGGCGAAAUGAUCCGAGGGAUUGAACGUCUGUGUGAUGCCUACAUCACUUUGGCUUAUAUGGAUGCCAGCAGGCACAAGACUGAGAAGAAGGCUAUUCCCAUCCCUGCUGACCAGCCAAUCAUGCAAAUCAAAGACCUUGAUGAGGUGGCUAUCCCCACAAUGGAGAUUAAGGUGGAUCCAUCUGGUUGCUAUGACAACCUGGUGACCUUCAGAUCCUUCCUGCCCCACUAUCACCUGGUUGGAGGCGUCAACCUGCCCAAGAUCAUCGACUGUGUCGGCUCUGACGGCAAGAGCAGGAGGCAGCUGGUCAAAGGUCAGGACGACCUGCGGCAGGACGCCGUGAUGCAGCAGGUCUUCAGCAUGUGCUCCAUGCUGCUGCAGCGCAACUCAGACACUCGCAAGAGGAAGCUCAACAUCAGACGAUACAAGGUGGUGCCGUUCUCGCAGCGUAGUGGAGUGUUGGAGUGGUGCUCUGGCACGGUGCCCAUCGGGGAGUUUCUGGUGGAUCCCAAUAAAGGAGCACACAAACGCUUCCGACCUCAAGACUGGACCAACCUAACCUGCCGCAGAAGGAUGAUGGACGCUACGAAACGCGCAUAUGAUGAGAAGCUGCAGGCCUACAGCGAGGUGUGCAAGAAUUUUAGGCCUGUCUUUAGGUAUUUCUGCAUGGAACGGUUCCUGGAUCCUGCAGUGUGGAUGGAGAAACGUCUGGCUUACACUCGCAGUGUGGCCACCUCCUCUAUAGUCGGCUACAUUGUCGGUCUGGGCGACAGACACAUCCAGAACAUCCUGAUCGAUGAGCAGACUGCUGAACUGGUGCACAUCGAUUUAGGUGUGGCCUUUGAGCAGGGGAAGAUCCUCCCCACCCCUGAGACCGUCCCCUUCAGACUCUCCAGAGACAUCGUGGACGGGAUGGGCAUCACAGGAGUGGAGGGAGUUUUCAGGAGAUGUUGUGAGAAGACCAUGGAGGUGAUGAGGAGCUCUCAAGAAGCUCUGCUGACCAUUGUAGAGGUGCUGCUGUAUGACCCUUUGUUUGACUGGACCAUGAACCCUCUGAAGGCCUUCUACCUGCAGCACGACGAGCAGCAGGAGCUCAACGCAACGCUGAACUCAACCAUGGGAGGAGACGACAUCGACAACCACCGUAAAUCCAGCGACAGUCAGAGCUUCAACAAGGUGGCCGAGCGGGUGCUGCUGCGGCUGCAGGAGAAGCUGAAGGGGGUGGAGGAGGGCACGGUGCUCAGUGUUGGAGGCCAGGUCAACCUGCUCAUCCAACAAGCCAUGGACCCCAAAAACCUCAGCAGACUGUUCCCAGGGUGGCAGGCCUGGGUGUAGAGAAGGAUGCUGCAGCUGGUUACAUUCCUGCCUUUACAAACAAAGUUCUCUGUUGUUUACCAAAUAAAGGUCGUAAAGUUUCCUCCUUCCUGUUCAUCAUAGUGAAACAAACGUAGCAGAUCAACAGCAUAGUCUCCUUUUAAACCAGUUGCUGCUGACCUCCUCUACAUUACAAUAUAAAACCAGUGUAGCAUAUUAUAUUAAACGGUUCUUAUAAAAUAUCCUGUGCAAUCAACAGCUGUUUUGCAGCAGAAACCUGCAAACUAAUCUGACUUACCGGAUGUACACUUCGACUUUAAGCCUGGCAUUUCCUCUGCACUGUUCAUGUGGAUUUUUCCCUCCCAUUCUACAAGUUUGUUUUUUUUUAAUUUUCAAAAUCCCCUUUUUUAUGGGAAAACUCAACAAUAACCCACAUGCUGAAACUGAAAGGAUGUGGAUUGUACAAUCAGGAUUUUGAGCUUUUGCCCCCAUAUAACUGGAUGAUGGUGAGGUGCAGUCAGACCAAUCGUCUGACUGUGUGAGACUACCUGUAGUAUCACCACAACCAACUGCCUGGUUUAGGGGAUGACAUGUUGACUGUAAACAUUGGACCCUUUCUGUAUGUUUCUUCACUGUUUCUACAUAUGAAGUGAUUGAUUAUUGCUGAUGAAUGUCCAAAGAUCUCUGCUAUGAACACAUGCCUUAUGAAUGUAUGGUUUAUUAUGCCUUUAAAUUAGCUGAACAUGGAAUACUGUGUAAGUUCUUCUUUCACUUCAUCAGUCAGUUUUGCGUAUGAGGUCAGUGAAUUAUUCUGAAGGGCUAAUAGAGUUUCUCUAGAAAAGUGUUAUUUGUGUACAGUUUGUUUGUUUUGUAUCGUUUGCCUGUUGCUCUUAAAAUGAAUACUGUAUCAUUAAAUACAAACAAAAAAGA